AGGCUUUGCCAAAAAAAGUACAAUCAACGAUUUUCUGGUGAUCAUGGGUCCGUUUUGGGUUUCUAGAAACAACAUCUGAAAGGUUUAUAAAGUCGACUGGGAUGCAUGGAUUUGGAGCUGCAGCUGCAACCAUGAUGCAUUCUCUUCUCUCCCUUGUCGCCCUCCUUUCUGCUCUCCGACCAGUGACUAGCGCAGGCGUCAAGCCAGGACAGAUCAAAAAUUUGGUUACAUUCGGCGACAGCUACACUGACGUCGUCUCAGUUGGUGAUGGAGGGGUAGCAUGGCCCAUGUAUGCUGCAGGAUACGCCCACGUCUCACUCUUCCCAUUCGCGAGAUCAGGCGCGACGUGUUCGAACAACAUCACUUUCAGACCAUUUCCCUCCGUCUUUGAAAGCCAGCUUCCACUGUACUUUGCUGAAAAGAACAACGGGACGUUGAAGUUGGACCCGCAGGAAACAAUAUAUACUUUAUGGAUCGGUACAAACGAUGUUGGUGCCAACUCGCUCAUUACUGGGCAGCCUAAGGCCUCUAUCGUCGACGUUGCAAAUUGUAUGGUCAAUUGGGUCAGAGUGCUUUACGAAAGUGGUGCCCGAAACUUCAUAUUUCAGAAUAUGAUACCCCUUCAGCAUGUGCCGAUGUAUUCCCCGAAUGCUUACCCGGAUCGGUUCUGGUUUGCUCAAAGAAACACGACAGAAUGGAGCAUUUUCAUGGAAGAACUUGUACUUUCCGGGAACGCUCUUACGAAACUAUUACUGAACGCAUUGGUACCAAAACUUAAAGGUGCACACGUCGCCAUUCUUGACUCCCAUAGUCUAUUCCAAGAUAUGAUUGAUCGCCCAUCACUCUAUCUUAACGGGACGGCACCAUUCAAUGUCACUGGUGCAGUGAAUGCGUGUGUGUUCGAAGUCAAUAACCCAAAUAACCCAGUAUGUACGGUCGUGCCACCUGGUCCAGAAAGAGACAGCUAUCUGUGGUUCGAUGAACUUCACCCUAGUGAACAGGCGGAUCGAAUAGUUGCAAGGCAGGUAGCUGAUGUGAUUGGUGGACAACGAAAUAACUGGACUGUUUGGUUGAGCUAA